AUGGACGUAGAUGUGUACGUCGAUCGUCCUGACCAAAACGAGUACGUUGAGGAAGGGCGCGCAAAAGCUGUUAAAGCAUACAAGAUCCUUGCGGGUUUGUUUGGACUGCUUGGAGUAGGUCUUUUAGCAUGUGGUAUAGCAGCAGUGUUGAACCCAGGCUCACAAGACUUUGGACUACCCUAUUUUAUUGGAGGAUUUAUCGUCGGAAUAAUGACACUAACUGCAGCAGCAAUUUGCACGUACGUAAUCCUGAAGGCACCUGAUGCAGACAAUGAAUUGAAAAAACGGGAGGUAGGAUGCGCGAUUCAAGGACAGUACAUUCUGGCAAUGUUUACGAUCAUGGGAUGUUUUAUUGGUUGUGUAGGCGCCGGAUUAGGAGGCUUAAGUUCGUCUUCAAGUUACUACGACAACGACGAAGAAGAAGACAGUCCGAAGAAAACGCUUGCAAUCAUUAUUCUCGUCGGCUGUAUCGGAGCCAUCCUCUUGACAAUAUUCUCUAUGUGUGUUGUGUGUACAUACAGUUCAUACUUUGGAGUAGUAAUACAACGCGGGCGUCGUGGUCGGAUGGUAUUUAUAAAUACCGGCGGAUCAUCUACAAUGUCAAGUACAGUUCACGCAGCAGCAUUGCAGACGACACCUCAAACAAGUUAUCAAGUUGACGAGCUAGAGAAACAAAAUCGUCUGCUGCAGCAACAACUUGAUUUACAAAAGCAGAUACAGCAGCAACAACAGCAGAAUCAAUAUUCAGGUGGUUUCUAUCCCCCUCCACCACCGCCUUCAUACGGAGCGGAUGGGUCAGCACCGGAGUACCCUCCACCUGCCUAUAAUUGAAUUCAAUGAAACGGAAAAAACAGUAAAUAGCUGACGAGGAGUUAAGCUUUGUCAGUUCUGUAAACUAUCUGUACAAAUUCUAAAAUGAUAAUGUUGUUGAUGAUGAUGAUGAUAAUUAUCAUUUUGUAUCGGCAACUGGCUCAAAGAGAGGUCACUGUCACUGUCUUUCAGAUUAUUUCUAGGUCCUGUUUUGUUAGUUUAAACAUAUUUUAUUGCUUAUAAUACAUGUAUUUAUAUCAUUACAUCAACAUAUGGAUAUUAACAAUCGAUUGAAUUAUAGCAAUAGGGUCGGAUCACAAGUUCUGCCAACAUUAGUAAACGGCCCUUCCCUCGAAAAUUAACUAUUGCAUAAAAUUAAUUACUUUUACGAGAUAAACAAUUAUAACAUGUAUUACAAAAGUUUGAAUGAAGAAAAGACCAAAGUAUGACUAAAACUAAAAUAGAAAAAAAAUAGCUAGUUUAAUGUUAUAUAUGAUGUUGAUAUUGCUAUUUUUCAUCAUGGAUCUGUUUCCCAGAAGCUAGGCAAGGGCAGGAGUAACUGUAUUCGUUUGCGAUAAGUUGAGGUUUGAUUAAUAAUCAAUAUCAAAUGUUAGGUACUGGUAGAAAUUACAAGUCAAAGCUAUCCUCACUGAAAACGAUUAGAAUUUAUGAUAAAUUUAUGCACCGCCAAAGUAAUUAUUGUAUUGGUUUCGUCUGAGUACAUGUCAGAUCCAAAUAAUAGCAGUGUGUCAUUUAAAGGAUGAAAAGUUCUGGUUUCGUGAAAUAGGUCGAUUCUUUGUCCUCUAAAUUUCAUACACUGAAAGAAAUAAUGUUCAGCAUUCUCGAUGGGAUACCCACAGUCACAACUGGGAUUAUCUCUUAAAUGAUUCCUGUAUAAAUCGUUAUUCAGAUUACUGCAUCGGUUUCUUAACCUUGCAUGUAAUAUUGAGGGCAGUCUUUUACCAGUCAAAAAGUGUUUGGGGAUUGUUGGUGCUUUGAACAAAUCUUUUAGCCUUGAUUUAAAUAUAUUAAGGGAUUCAGAAUUUCUAAUAUUUAUAUCAAGUGAAUUCCAUAGAUCGGUAGAUGACGGUAUAAAUGAGUUACUAUAAAUCUGAGUUCUUCGAGCUAUUGUUACAUAGUUAUCAUUGUUUCUCAAAGGGUAAUUAGAUAUCUCUGCUACAACAGGAGGAAAAAUAUUUGACAAGAAUUCAGGGAGUAGACUAUUUUUAGCUUUAUAAACUGUAAUAAGCUUUUGAAUAUUUCGUCUGUCCUCUAAGGAGACCCAUCCUAUUUCUUGAACUAAAUUUUGUAUUGAGACAGACCUGGUUAAUCCCGUAACUAUACGCGCCGCUUCAUAUUGUAAUUUUUCUAAAGCCCUCUACAGACGGUAGGUUUUUGUUGUACAACACCAAUUAAAUUCAAGAUGUACAGCCAAAUAUUAUCGUGUGUAUGAUGCUAUUCCUUGAUUUCGUACAUCUUACAGAUUAGGACAUGUUCUAUUUCGUAAGUUUUGCCUUACGUACCACCCACGUUGACAAGCAACAAAUUGGUAAAUAAUUAGUUGAUGAGAGGCAAGUGAAUGAAAUUCCAGAAACAACUGCCCAAAAAAUAAACACAAAUCUGAAUAUAAAAUGGCUUCUAAUGCAUAAUGGAAAAAGGAUGACACUGAAAAGUUAAAUGAUUUGAGCCGCGCCAUGGGAAAACCAACAUAGUGCGUUUCCGACCAGCAUCCGCGCAGUCUGGUCCAUGCUGUUCGCUUACGGUUUCGCUAAUUGCAAUAGACUUUGAAAGCAAACAUCAUUGAUCCUGACUAGACUGCGCGGAUGCACAGGCUGGUCUGCAUCCAUGCUAGUCGCAAAGCCACUAUGUUGGUUUUCCCAUGGCGUGGCUCAUUUGUGUCAUGCGUAAUCAAAUUCAUGGGACAUAAAAAGGUGAAUAUUAUUUUUUUGUUUUAUUAUAUUAUUAAUGGUUACAUUCUUUUCAGUACCUGAUGCACUGUUUACUAUGUAAAUCUCUGUGAUUUAUAUGGGAAUGGAAUACUGUCUGUAUGUGAAAAAUGUACAAUUUCAAAAUUGUACAUCUUUGAGAUAAUUAGUGUUGUACAACAAAAACCUACCGUCUGUAGAGGGCUUAAUAAGGACUGUUUUUGUAGUACAGUGCAUCCAUCCCAAACGAUAGAUGCAUACUCUAAUAUAGGUCUCAUAUAUGAAAUAUAAAUUUGAUUUAGAGUAGAUCUUUUUAACUUGAAUUUUAGUGCUCUCAUAGAACUCAGAACUUUCGAUGCAGACUUUUCUAUGUGGCUAAUAUGCUCGUGCCAUUUAAGAUCGGACGAUAAAGUUAAACCUAAAUGUUUAUGAACAUCAACAUAAUCUAGUAAAAUACCAUUAAAAUAAAGAGAUGGCUUUACUUGUAGAUUAGAAAAACUUCCUGUUUUGUUAAGCUUACUCCUACAUAAAAAAGCGGGAUUUAUAUAAACUGUUUGCAUUUUCACACAUAAUAAACAGAGGGAACGCAAUGUUCAAAAUACAGAUAUGUUAACUUUGAUAUGAUAUUCCUUUAUUAAUUUUAACCUAGAUAUAAAUCUUUCGCAAUAGUGUGGUCAACAGACAGCCACCGUUAAUGUUAC